AUGGAGUUUUCUGGAGACCGGAGAUGCAGGUGCACCUCCUUGCGCCUGCACAGGUCUGCCACUGGAAGUAGAGAUGAAGGAUUUUUACAAUUUGUGCGGAUUAGAACGGCAAGACACAAAGGAAUCUCAUUCUCUUUGAUCUGGAGGCUAAAAGACACAAAGUGGGGGGGAAAGAAACAUGCCUCUGUCGUGUCUUGGCCUUGUUCCAUGUUGAACAUGAUUGUGUUUAGAUCAACAGCCAUGAAUCUCACCCCAAGAGCGCCAGUUCUCAGAUCUUUAGUCCAUUUCAUUGCAAUCUCAACUACCGUAUCUUGCAAGGGGAAAAGAAGCCCUUACUAA